UAGCUUGCACGGCUUUAUAGUUUUUUAUAGUUUAGGAAGUUUUAGUAUAGGCUGCGGCUUUUCCACCUGAGCUCAGUCUGCAUACCUAAAGACUCUACCAGCGUCUGAGGCAGUGGAGCCCGCUCUCAGACCUGAAGGAGUCAAAUAGUGGGGCUCUAUUUCCUUGCUAUCUGGCUCGCGUGUGCGCACGUGGCCCAGUGGCUUUCUGGGUUUGCACAGGCUGUGCAGUUCCCAGCAACGUCCAGGGCUCCCUCGGCGGUAGACCUCGAGCCGCGGAGCACCAGCGACAGUUCUUUGGCUGGCUCUGAGGCGUGAAGCCCACCAGAACCAGGCUAGAACCUGGACAGGCCUGGCAACGCUGCUGCGAGUUCGGCCGGAGCACUCAACCGGCUUUGACAGCCUCUUCAUCAGGAGUUCGGCCGGAGCACUCGGCCGGCUUUGACCUGCCUCAUGGUCCGGCGGUGGUGACCUGCCUCAUCGUCCUGCGGUGGUGACCUGCCUCAUUGACCUGCGGCGGUGACCUGCCUCAUCGUCCUGCGGUGGUGACCUGCCUCAUCGUCCUGCGGUGGUGACCGGCCUCAUCGUCCUGCGGUGGUGACCUGCUUCAUCGUCCUGCGGUGGUGACCUGUUUCAUCGACCUGCGGUGGUGACCUCCCUUCACAGCGGGGAGGAGGCGUCUCUUCUCUCCUCCUUUCCAAAGCCAGCCUCGGUGCUCCUUCGGCGGCAGGCCUCGAGCCGCAGAGCACGAGGUGCUUGAAAAUUUGGCGAAGUCGCCAUUUUGGCAGUUUACGUCACUCGGGCGAGGGAGGUAUCAAGUGGCAAGUUGCUGUCAGUUGGCAUUUUGCAGCUUGCCCACUAAAAUCUGGCGCCAAAGGUCACAAUCUUUGUAAAGUAUAGUUACUUAGUGAUAUAUAUUGCUAUGGUUAAGUGCUGUGAAUUGUAUUAUAUAUUGAAUUUGCUUUUAUUGUAAAUUUACUUGCAGGUAUAUUGCAUUUGCCUUUGUUGUAAAUUUACUUGCUAUUAAGAAUACAUAAUGUCUAUGCAAUUUCAAGAUGAUACAGAUGGUAUACCUCCUUCUGAGGCUGAAAGUAGGAAUGAAAGGCCCCAAAGGAUAAAGCACCCUUCAGCCAAGAUGCUAGCCCAUCUAAUAGAUGAAAAGGAGCUCCUCCAUGUGAGGUUAGGUUCGGCAUGGGAGCGAAUUGUAACAUUAAUGGACAGAAUAGAGAGCUUGGGUAUCACAAGAGUGCCAGCCAUAUUACAGACAGACCUCGAAGAAGCCUUCGGUCUUUGGAGGGGUUUAGUGUCUAAGAUAGUCCAGGUCCUCGAGCGCAUUAACGCCAAGGAUUCAGAGUUAGAAAUAGGGAGUGUUUUAGCUGACACUAAUGAGAAAGAAAAUAGGGUGAGGGCAAUCCUAGCUUCCUUAUGCAGCCAUGAGACCAAUCUUUUGAAAUCACCUGCUGUGGCACUUAGUCUUAAGUCCAACCGCUCUAGCCAGGUAUCUAAACUAAGGGAGCGUGCAUCGUCUAAACACAGCCACUCUAGCAAGUCUUCUGCUGCUGGGAGUGCCAUCUCUUCCCUAGCUGCCUUGCACAUUAAGGAGGCUGCACGUCUGGAGCUAAAGAGCAAGGUAGCGGGGGCGGAGGCUGAUGCUAAGGCAGCUGAUCUCACCCUUCCCUUUAAAGAAGAAGAGCAACGACUGCAAAUAGAACAGGCCCGUAGACAAAGCGAAAUGCAAAUGGAACAGGCCCGUAGACAAAGCGAAAUGCAAAUGGAACAGGCCCAAAGACAAAGCGAAAUGCAAAUAGAACAGGCCCGUAGACAAAGCGAAAUGCAAAUAGAACAGGCUCGUAUAGAGAUGCUUAGAAUAAAGAUGGAUGCCGCAGCCAAAAGGGUAAGGGCUGAGACUUUGGCCAAGGCCCUAAUUGAGCCACUCACAGAAGAAAAUGUAAGCCAGUUACCAAUACAGGACCCUUCUGCCAAAGUGUUUGCGCACCUUGGCAGCAUGUACAGUCAGUUUUCGGAUGAGGAACAGGGAGACUUCUCUCCUUACCCAGAGCAGGGCCCCAAAGUCACUUUUGAGUUUCCUGCAGAGCAGAGCGUCAUAGCGGGGAGCUCACCCUUGCUCGAGCUACCUGUGCCUCCUGCUAAAACCCUAGGUCAGUCAAUCAGGGCCUCAAGGCCGAGUGCUAGUUGGCCCCUACAGACAGCUGCACAGGGAACCAUCGAUUCGUCAGUGGUCGAUGUCAUCCCUCCAAGAGGCCAAAGGUUGACGCAAGGUACACGGUGGGAGUCCACUCCACAACAGCAAACUCCUCAAUUGUUCCCUUCGACGCCGGAGUCCCAGCUUGUCUCCAUCAUCAGAAGCCCCAGAAGAGAUCUUAAGGACAAGGGUGUCGAAAAGUUUUCGGACAAGCCUGAGGAAUUUCUUCUCUGGAAGGCCACCUUCCAGAGAGCAAUCAGAGACUUAAAGUUAUUGCCUGAGGAAGAACUGACUCUUCUGGCUGCAUGGUUGGGCCCAGCCUCAUCCUCACAAGUUAAGAAGAUCUACGCAGCCCACGUAGCCGAUCCCGACAAAGCCCUGGAAAAGGCCUGGGCCAGGUUGCAGCAGAGGUAUGGGGCCAGUACAGAGAUUGAAGCAUCUCUUAUGGACAAGCUCCAAAGGUUCCCAGCUUUAAAACUCAAAGACUUCAAACUCUUGUGGGACCUCAGCGAUCUCCUUGCGGAAUUAGAGUCGGCCAAGGAGAAUCCAGAACUGCCCGGUUUGAAGUGCCUCGAUCAGCACCUGUCCCAGAGGCAGAUCUUGACCAAGCUGCCCUUCACUUUGCAAGAACGCUGGGGACAGGAGGUCUUCAACUACAAGGAGGCCCACUCCCAGGCAUACCCUCCAUUUUCUCAUUUGGUCCAGUUCAUCACCAGGGCAGCCAGAGAAAGGAAUGAUCCACAGACGGGCCUCCCCACCUUAUACCAAGGGACCCAGCCAGAGAAGGCACCUGAAGUGGACAAGAAACCACCUAGAGAGGCCAAUAGACCUGUCAGCGUAAAGGCAGUCGAAACUCAACAUAAGACUGACGAACCCAGGUCGGAGGUAAAGGAGUUGCUUUGCCCUAUUCACCAAAAGCCUCACAGCUUGGCCAACUGCAGGGAGUUUAGUAGAAAGACAUACAAAGAAAGGCAACAGCUAGUUCAAAAGCAGGGAAUCUGCUUUAGAUGCUGUGGAGCAACUCCACACUUUGCAUCCAACUGCAAAGAAAACAUCAAGUGUGAGAAAUGCAACAGCCUCAAGCAUUGCACCGCAAUGCACAACUCCAAUAUCAUCUCCCACCCCAAAGAGAACGCUUCACCAAAAGAAAAGUCAGCAGUCGAAGACACCGACAAGCCAGCCGCACCAGAGAUGCAGGUGGAAGUUUCAGCAGUCGCCUGUACAGAGCUGUGUUCUGACUCGCACCAGUACAGAGUUUGUCAUCCUAUCUGCCUAGCGGAUGUAUAUCCAGCCAAGAGCCCUUGGCUUAGAAAGAGACUCUAUGUGGCCCUGGAUUCACAGAGCGACGCCUCUCUGGCUACUCCAGAGUUCUUCCGCAUGUUUGACCUUAAAACCAAGAUGGUCGACUACACUAUGACUACGUGUGCAGGAAAAAAGAAGUUGCAGGGUCGCAUAGCAUCUGGCUUUGUUGUCUCCUCUUGCGACCAGAAGAGACAGUUCAAGUUGCCAGACCUGAUUGAGUGUUCCUCCAUCCCUCGGAACAAAAAACAAAUUGUAACUAGAGAAGUUGUGGAGGCUCAUCCACAUUUGCGACGGUUAAAGAAUGCUAUACCAGCCUUUCGGCCAGAUGUGGACAUUGCCCUUUUGCUUGGCUCGGACUGCCCGAGCUUGUUCUGUGUGAACGACCAAGUUAAAGGACCCCCAGGUGCACCCAUCGCACAACAAUUGCCACUAGGCUGGACAGUUACAGGCCCAGUGUGCAUAAACAAGAUGCACCCACCAUCGUCGUUGGACUCCAAUCAAGCACAGGUGCUUAAAGGUGGACGUCCUACACUUGUGCGCAGUUGCCUAAGUCACAUCUCAGUCUACUGCCAAGCAAUAACUCCAGAGUAUUCCUCCAUCUUCAAAGUCUCUGAGAGAGACGAAGCCACAGCGCUCUCGAAAGAUGAGCAAAGGUUUUCGGACAUUAUGAAUGCUCAAGUCUCACGAAGUGCAGAGGUGAAAGCCUGCAAAUCAACCACAGAAAUCAAGAUGGGCCAAAGAUCUUGUCUGGAACGACACCAUUUUGAACGUUUUUCGGAAUGGCACAGUCUUCUUAGAGCAGUUGCUAGGCUUAUACAUCGCUUAGUCUGCAAAGAUAGUCAGCCUUUGCAAGUUCAGGACAUGUUGAAGGCUAAGGGAGUAAUAUUCAGGUCAGUUCAGAGGCAUGAGUUUAGUCUAGAAAUAGCCAGGUUAGAACAAGGGCUUGACACCCCCAGCCGGAGUUUCUUGCGUGAGUUAAACCCAUUUCUAGACAAGGAGGGCAUUUUAAGAGUGGGAGGGAGGUUAGCUAAGGCUAAACUCAAAGUGUGUACAAAGAACCCCAUCAUUGUACCCCCCAAUAGCCAUAUUGCUUUGUUGUUGGUUCGUCACUACCAUGAGAAAAUCCAUCAUCAGGGUAGAACUCUAACUGAGGCAGCCCUUAGAAAUGAAGGUCUGUGGGUAGUUAAUGCCAAAAGGUUGGUCAACAGUUGUAUUUUUAAGUGUGUCAAAUGUCGGCGACUCAGACGUAACUGUCAAAGUCAGUUAAUGGCAGAACUACCUCAGGAUAAGACUUUGACAGACCCACCCUUUUCCCAUGUGGGAAUCGAUGUGUUUGGUCCUUGGGAAAUUGUUACCAGAAAAACCAGGGGUGGUGUUGUAAAUAAUAAAAGAUGGGCGGUUUUGUUUACUUGUUUGUCAAAACGAACUGUCUAUAUUGAGGAUGUAGAGGGAAUGGACACUUCAUCAUUUUUAAAUGCAUUGAAAAGGUUCAUAGCCCUCAGAGGGCCAAUUAAGUCAAUUCGAUCGGACUGUGGCACCAAUUUUGCAUGUACAGACCUUAGCCAACCACUUCUGGAAGAGGUGGAAGGCCGAAUACUUAAGCCAGCUUCCAACCAGAAGACUCUGGCAAACCCCAAAGGACAAUGCCAAGGUGGGAAACCUUGUGUUGCCAAAGGACAAAGACUUGCCCCGCUAUGCCUGGCCUAUGGGCAUUAUACUAAAGACCUUUCCUUGCCCUGACGGUAAGGUUAGAAAAGUUCAGGUAAAGACUCAUAGUAAGGACAAAAUGUCUGUCCUGGACAGACCAACCAGCAAUUUCGUGUUGCCUGUCCAAAGUGUGUAAGUUUUAUACUGUUUUAUUGUUGUGUAUACAAAGGUGUUUGUAUGUUUUUGAUUGGUAAAUUCCCACAUCCUGGGAAUUUAGCGGGGAGUGUUCCGUCCCCCAGGACGAUGGUUUACCUUACCUAUUGGUCGUUUGUUUGUUUUCCCUCCUUUGCAUCUUGUUUCAGCCUCUGGCUGCAAAGCCCAGGAAAAGUGGCUUGGAAUCUGCAAAAGCUGGCUGCAGUUUUCUUUGCAGUGAUUGGUCAAAGAGUGCAACAUCUUAGGACCGCCCUUUUUACCAGGGUCUAGUCUCCAUUUUGGAGCUUCAUUCUGGCUAUAGUUUUCCAACGUGCUGGAGCUGUGCAAGGCUAACUGGGACAAAUCAUCCUCAAAACCAGGCCAAUCUAAGCCUAUCCAAAUUAGAUAAGUAUUGAAUUAUAUUGAUCUGGAAUAGGAAAUCUAGUUAGAGGAGCAAAGUUAUUCCAUCGCUUCUAGAACUAAUCUUUGCUGUAAAGAUAGGGAAGGAAAGAGUUUCUCCUUCUAAUAUAGACAGCGUGAUUAGGGUAUAGUGGUUUUAUAAUCACCUUUGCCUUCUGGAACCAGGGAUAAUUCUGCAACUAAAACCUAUGGAAAUUUGUUUCAUUUUCUGCAACUUUAAGAUCUGUGCCAGGUUUACAACCUUGUAUGAAUAAACAUCCCUUUUUGAAGUUA